UCUCGCUUUGCCUAUUGACUGAUUAAGUGGCAGAAUUUUACAUUAAAAAAGUUUCAGCUGUGGUGUUUCCUAUUUGCAAACCAGUGGCUGAUAACAGAGAGUCAUCCCCAUGGCUUUUCUGUUCUUUUUUAUGCUGUGGGAUCUCACUCUUUUUAUUUAUGGUGUCACAUCAUGCAGUGUCACCUGCACAACAGACUACGACGCUUUACUGAACUGUUCCUGUGUUCCUGGCUCUGUGCCGACAUAUCCUGUCCUCAUCAAAGUCAACUGCAGUGAUGGAGACAAUACCGUUAUUGACAGCUGUCAAGUUAAACCACCUCAGUCCUGGUGCAUGAUGUACCCCGAGAAUUUUUAUGAAGUUGCAGUCGUUGAGACCAUCUGUACUGCGACAGUCAGUCAACAAGACAAUCCAGUAAUAAUGAAUGCGAGUGAGUCAACCAACUGGUUUCUGUGUGAUGUGGUGAAAUAUCCACCACCUUUCAAUGUUCAAGUGACAAACACUGAUGGGUUCUACAACAUCUCGUGGGACAACAACAACACACAAGACUUGUGUUUUGACUACAGGGUGCGCUUAAGAGCAAGCAGAACUUUCUACUCCAAGGAUCAAGAUAUUUCCCUUAAAGUGUCCCAAAAGUACUUUUCAUUAGACCAUAAGUACAAGGAACUGCAACCAAACACAAUCUAUACUGUGGAUGUUCAGGCCAAACUUUGUGAUGGUAACGAUCUCUAUCAUGGCCCGUGGAGUGAGUGGAGUUCCACUGCAGAAUGGAAGACUAAGGGUACAUCUGAAGAGACUGAAGGUAUUAAACGAUGUUGGUUAUACAUCUCCUUGACUUGCAUCAUUGUUCUCAUCAUAUGCUUCUCGUUGGGUUGUUCACAAAAAACGGUUUUGCAGAGAAAACUCAAGCUGAUUACAUAUAUCCCCAAGCCAGAGGAGUUUUUCAAGCCCCUCUACCACAACUAUGGAGGAAACUUCAAGGAAUGGGUGAAGCCUGCAUUCAGCGAGUAUGAUUACCAUGGAUUUAACAAAGACGUUGAGGCGAUAACUGAGAAGCAGCAUGACGUCCUUCACUGGAACAGUGAGAAACAAAGAUACAGUGAGGACAAGGAGAUGACACAAGGCGGUCGCAUCCUCCCUAUGGUGGAACCUCACUGCUCCAACUCACUGCUGCACUUCCAGGAAGGCAACAAUUCGCAGGGGACCGGCCACUCCACCGGACACAUCUCUAUCCAUACUGUAACCCUGUCUGGAGAAGAAGAGUUUGAGGGGGAGGUUAUGUCACAGAGCUCCAUAAACACCCUGAGAAGUUACCAAGGUGGCGAAAGCUUUGGUGCAUAUGAUGGAGACAACAGAGAGCAUGCUGGCUAUGAUUUAGAGCCUCAGAUAUCCAGGAUGGAUAGACAAAAUGGAAUAUUGCCACAGCAUGAAAACCCGAUAUCCAAUGACCUAUCAGUGGGAAAUAUAAACUUUCACCCACGUGCCCAGUUUAAUGAACCAGAAAGGGUAUCUCUUGACUCAUUCGCCUCAAACGAACAGUCAGAAGAUGGCUACCCUCACGUGGACUUGGACACCAUUGACAGUGGGUUUGGAGAGUGCAGCAGUCCUGGGGCAGCAGACCACAGAGACUCAGAUCUAUUUCAUGAGCACAAAAACUCUACUUCAAAUUAUGUUAAGCAGUGGAUGAUCUGUAGCACUAUUCAAGAGGACUCGAGCAACUCAGAGAACAAACUCCAUGAAACACAGUGA